CCGCCCCCGCGAGCAGCUUUCUGGUCACCGUGCUGACAAACGUAUUUUCCGUCACGCCAUUUUCCAUCGACGAUCGAGGAGCAGUGCAGCUGGAGGAGCGCGGAAAGCCUGAGCUGUGGAUAUCAACAAAUACGAUUCAGUCAUGCAUCGUGACUGUCCUCUGGACUGUAAGGUCUAUGUUGGAAAUUUGGGCAACAAUGGAAACAAGACAGAGUUAGAGAGGGCAUUUGGCUACUAUGGUCCUCUCCGCAGUGUGUGGGUGGCCAGGAACCCCCCAGGCUUUGCCUUUGUAGAAUUUGAAGAUCCCAGAGAUGCAACUGAUGCAGUGCGUGAACUUGAUGGAAGGACGUUGUGUGGUUGCCGGGUGCGAGUAGAGCUGUCCAAUGGUGAGAAACGCAGCCGGACCCGUGGCGCUCCCCCCUCAUGGAGCAGGCGUCCUCGAGACAGAGAUGACUACAGACGUCGUAGCCCACCACCCAGGCGAAGAUCCCCACGUAGGAGGAGCUUCAGCCGCAGUCGUAGCAGGUCUUUCUCCAGAGACAGGAGGAGGGAGAGGUCCCUCUCCCGGGACAGGAACCACAAACCUUCGAGAUCUUUCUCUCGAUCAAGGAGCCGCUCCAGGUCUAAUGACAGAAAAUAGAGGAAUGUCUGUUAGAUGCAAAGGGAGCUGAAGAGGAACGGUUGUACAGGCUUUGCCGUUUCAUAUGAUGGACUUCAACAUGGCCAUUUGGUCAUUUUUGUGUUGGAGUUUUUUUUUUUUUAAACAAUCAAGCAUUUUAGUGCCCUCCCCCCCUGUUUUUUUGUUGUAAUGGUAUUUUUCAAAUACUUUGAGUGGGUGUCCACAGGAGUGGUGCCUCACUGAAGUCGUGUCCGUCUGCUUGGUCCUGAAACAGUUGUACCACCCUGAAUUCCAGUCACCCAGUUAAUCUCUUGAUAGCUUUGGGUUUUGUUUAUGAAUGUACUGUGUAGUUUGACAUAGUGUGAGUAGAUGCUCAUUUUCAACGUGUAAAUGCCAGCAUUUUUUUUUUCUUUUUUCAAAGGAAGGACUGGGAUGAAAUGUGAUUAAGUUCCUCCUCUUGGUUGUCUGUAAAGCCAACCUAUUUUCAACGUGCUACUUUCUUCAUACUGAAGGUUUCCAUCUGUUAAUGGUUGGUCAUUUGUAAUAAAGGAACCCUCAUUCAAGAUGCAAAACUACGGCAUUGAUUUAAAAAAAAAAAAAAGUAAUUAACACAAACCUAAUUUUUGUCUAUGAAGUUUUCUUCUUUAUUUUCUUUUGUUUGAUACUAUGUGAAAUGGUCUCAAUAAAAAAAAUACUGGUUGUUAAAAGA